AUUAUACGUUAAACACCCCUAAAAUAAUUCAAACAAAAUGGGAAAGUUACUAAAAUUUUCUAUUUUAAUCAUGGUUUUUCUGACAAUAUUAUGUGGAUUUUUUCAAAAUGAUAACAACUCUGUAAUGGCAAGAAAAAUGAAAAAAGGCAGUACAAGAACUGUUUAUAUGUUAAGACAUCCAAAAAUGAAAUCGUUAUCAUCUGGUAAUGGUAAACAUGGAGAUGGAAAGUUUAGUGAUGAAAAUUUAUUACAUCAUCAUCAUGAAAAAUUACAUCAUCAUCAUCAUAAUGGUGACAAAAUUGGGCAUAAGAAAAAGCAUCAUGGACAAAGUUCACCUUUACACAAAGACAGUGUGGAUCAUCGUCCAAUAACAAGUCAUCCAAAACUUCAACAUCACAUCCAUAAUUCUAACUGAAAGUAUGGAAUCUGAAUUGAAGUCUUAAAGCACAUAAUACAUUCCUAUACUGUUUAUUAUGUUAAUCGAAAUAUUAUUCAAAAAUAUGUACCUUUUUUAUUAGAUUUUGGAAGUUAAUUAUUGUAUUGAAUUGUCUAAAUAUU